UUGCGAGCCAGGUGGGCGGGUCGCCGAGGAACCUGAGGAAGAGGGUGGUGGCGGCUGUGGUGACUGAGCGGAGCCCGGUGACAGGAUGGCUGGGCACAGAUUGGUGUUGGUAUUAGGAGACCUGCACAUCCCACACCGGUGCAAUAGUUUGCCGGCUAAAUUCAAAAAACUGCUGGUGCCAGGAAAGAUUCAGCACAUUCUCUGCACUGGAAACCUUUGCACCAAAGAGAGUUAUGACUAUCUCAAGACUCUGGCCGGUGAUGUUCAUAUUGUGAGAGGAGACUUCGAUGAGAAUCUGAAUUAUCCAGAACAGAAAGUUGUGACUGUUGGGCAGUUCAAAAUUGGUUUGAUCCAUGGACAUCAAGUUAUUCCGUGGGGAGAUAUGGCCAGCUUAGCCCUGUUGCAGAGGCAGUUUGAUGUGGACAUUCUUAUCUCGGGACAUACACACAAAUUUGAAGCAUUUGAGCAUGAAAAUAAAUUCUACAUUAACCCAGGUUCUGCCACUGGAGCGUAUAAUGCCUUGGAAACAAACAUUAUUCCUUCAUUUGUGUUGAUGGAUAUCCAGGCUUCUACAGUUGUCACUUACGUGUAUCAGCUAAUUGGAGAUGACGUGAAAGUAGAACGAAUCGAAUACAAAAAAUCUUAAAGCUAGGCCUGUCUUGAUUUUUCUGUUGGGUUUUUUUUUUCAUUCUCCUGUUCAAAUCAAGUAAAAAUUUAAGAGCCACAAAACUGUAUCACUUUUCUAAUAUUUUGCAGUAAAAUAUCGUCUUCUGUUAAUAAAAUGUUCUAAGCUUCUUGUAAACUAUAAGAAUAUAUUUAGUUUAAGUAUAUGAUUUCUAUGAAAAAAUGUCCACCACACAGUAAAUGGUCACGUGUUAGGGAAAGUUUAUCCUUGUAAAUAUCUUCCAAGUUGAUAUUUGGAACUUUAUUACAAACAUAGUGCAUGAGGAGAAAGAAUCUAGACUUUCUUGUAUACAUUUUUUUCUUCUCCAGUAAUAAAGUUACCUUUCAUUUAUACUUUCUUGAUAAACUUGUGUUUUAAUUUUUACAAAUCAUAAAAAUAAGAGAUGGACUGAAACUGUGGACAGAUAUUAAAGUGAUGAGGUAGAUGAGAUGACUUU